AUGACUUGGCUCAAUGAUUGGUUAAAAGAACAAAUACCUUCUUAUAAACAUGCGCUAAAACAGGCUGAUCCAAGAACAAAAGAUUGGUUUUUAUUAUGGGCAGAUCCAAUUCCAGCAAUAACAUUGGCAUUAAUCUAUCUUUUUAUUGUUACUUUUGGUCCACGUUACAUGCGAAAUCGAGAGGCAUUUCAUGUACCAUCAUGGAUACUUUUUAUUUACAAUAUGUCACUUGUUGCAUUAUCGAUUUAUAUGGUUGAAGAGGUUGCUGUUGGCAUUUAUCGUAGUAAAUAUAAUUUACUUUGCCAGCAAUUAAAUGUUUCGACCGAUGAAAAUGAAAUGAAAGUAACCAAUGUAUUGUGGUUUUAUUUUUUUUCCAAAGCAAUUGAAUUUAUGGAUACAAUUUUUAUGGUUGCACGGAAACGUUUUACACAGAUAACAUUUCUUCAUGUAUUUCAUCAUUCAACUAUGCUUAUCAUUUGGUGGAUUGUCAUGACAUGGAUACCUGGUGGUCAAGCAUGGUUUGGUCCAGUUUUAAAUUCAGCCGUUCAUGUUCUUAUGUAUGCAUAUUAUGGAUUAUCGGUCAUUCCAUCACUACGAGAAAAACUUUGGUGGAAAAAAUAUAUCACAUUAUUUCAACUUACUCAAUUCGUUUGUAUUUUCCUUCAUACAUUUAAUGCAAUUAUAACUGGUUGUAAUUAUCCACGCUGGGGAUUGUGGAUGUUAGGUGGCUAUAUGGUAAUUAUGUUGGUUCUUUUCACGAAUUUUUAUAUUCAUGAAUAUAUUACUCAAACUAAUGAUAAAAAACGGCGUAAACAACAAUUAGAAAAUACAAAUAAAAUAUCAAAUAAUGAAUCAACAACAACAACAACGACAACGACAAACCGAUCUCGACAAAAUGGAAUAACUAAAAAGCAUGAAUGA